CUUACAAUGGUUAUCACUUCAACUGUAUCCUGUGGUGGCUAUCUUUCAACCGUAGUCGCCACACGUGACAACUACGGUCGAAAGAUAGCCACUGUAGGAUACAGUUGAAGAAAAUUAUGUAUAUUAUAUAACAAAAUGAUGCAGGCAACAGGCAGAAGUCAUACAACAUCAUGAUGAGAAUGUUAGCAAUACUGGACAAGGCGAAGCCUGACAAAGAAAGUAUAAGUGGCCUAAACUUGGCGGCGGUCAGGCAUACGACCGUUCAAGUAACUAGACUGCCAUCACUAGCUCAGGAUAGCCUGCCGUGAAUGGAGUUCUUGCCGGUAUUCAUCAGGUACACUCUGCUUUUCUGAUUGUCUGGAAUAUUCAUUCUAACAACAAUAAACACUUGUUGAUAGUUUUAUGUGGUUGUCCCUCCACACCAUUGGAUUUUACAGUCUACAAUUGUCAAUUUCUCCAUGAAUGUAUUUCCUUUGCCAGGUUACAACCAUAACAGCCACAGGGAACUGUGAAAUAAUUAUUUCACACUACAAAUUUCGUUUCAGAUGUGGAGGCUCUGCCUGCAACUGGUGGCCAUUGCAGCACUUUGUCUAUGCACCCUUGCCGAAGCUCAAUCAGGCUUAUUCCAAUUAGCAGACAAAAGAUAUACAAAUAAAUAUUGUGGCAGGAAACUAUCAAACAUGCUUCAAUUUGUGUGUAAUGGAAAUUACUACCCAAUGUUCAAGAAGACAUCACAAGAUGUGGAAGACAUGAAUGACUCUGAUUUCUGGAUACAGACUACGCCUAUAGAUGAACAGGAAGUACAGUUUCCAUUCCGUUCAAGAUCAAAGGCAGUAACAGCUGUGCCUGGAUCAUUCAGAAGACAUACACGCGGAGUUUAUGAUGAAUGUUGUCGCAAAAGUUGUACAAUACAAGAAAUGGCAAGCUAUUGUGGAAGAUGAUAAUCUAUGCAUGUAUGAACCCCUCAGAAGAAAUGUGGCACAUGCCUUGUUUCGCAACAUAAAAGGUUUCCAGUUUGGGUCUGAAAUAAAAUCUAAGACUAUAAACAAAAUUAUGGCACUGGAAAAUAUCACCAUUCAUUACGUUUGCCACCAUUUAUUACAUUCUCAAUGCAACAUAUUUUCUCAUCCCUAUUUUACUUAUGCUAGAGCUAGUCCCUAUUAAUAGGUCCAGAGACAGGGACUAGUUCUAACACUGGCCCCAAUGGAAUAGGCUUUUUAUCUGAGAACAGAGACAGAGUCCAAUCUCUGAAACGUGACUUAAAAUAAAAAGCAGGAUGAUGGAUGUCAAGAAAAAAAUCAUUAUCUUCAUGUGCAAAAUGUCAAGAUAAACUUGUUAUUAAAAAUAUAUUGAUAAACACUGAUCACUGAUUAUACUGCUUUAUUCUUUGUACAACUCCAUAUUUUGGGGCAGUUCUUUACAAUCAUGAAUCUUCCAAAAACUGUGUAAAUACUACCAUUUGGUCUGAUAUUACAUACACAAUGCUGCUUUCAUUGUAUUCACGAUCCUUACUUUCAUUUCUAUGAGCACUCACUUGUAGAAGAACCCAACGACUUUCUUAACUGCACCAAUUUUAAUUCUCUAAAGGACUGCUAGUGCUUGAACAUAAGACUGUCUAUGUUCUCUUUCUUAGAUUCUACAAUAUUAGAGGAAAAUAAAAAAAAAAUAAUAAGAAUCAAAGAUAAAUGGGGCAAGGAACACAAAACAUGUGUUUAACCAAGGAGCUCUAGUAUUAGUGACACAGCAACACUGCUUUACCUAGGAAAACAAUUCAAUCUUUAUUUUGGACUGUCCAGGUGGGGGGGUGGGGGGCUGCACUGACCUGCUAACCUAUACAUAACUAACUUAAAACCAAAUAUUUUCAUUGGCCCAUAUCACCUUCCUUCUGUGUGGCUCAUAAACCAGAACAAAUGAAACAUUUCAUCUUUAAUAGAUUGUGACUUACUGAACAAAACAACAUUUUGUAUAUACUGCAACUGGUGUUCAGAACACUGAAGCAUUUUGGCAUUUGUCACUGUUUACAAAUAAAACCAUUCACGAUCUAGGUUCUCUGUUUUAUGCUCUCCUACAAUUAUUUAAGAAUUUGUAGGUCCCGAUGGUGUCUCUACUUUGACGUAGUGGAGGGGCUUGCGUUGUCAAAUGACCCUGAGAGCUAUGCCGGCAGUAGCAUAGCUACUGGUAGGGCCACCCAUGCUGGACAGGUCGAAGGUGAUGACCCAGACUAAAAGAGAUACCCUGGCCCUCCAGGUUGGAGGUUGGGCGAGAGGCUGACGACCUCUCACCGUAAGAAAAUAUAAAUAUCUCAAAACCUGGAAUCAAGCCUUGGAAACCUCAACAGAAUGGAAGACGACAUUUGGCAAAGAAUAUGCUACUCUCUAGGUACAUGGAAUGUGAAAACCCUCAAUAAACCGGGUGCCAUGAAAUCGGUACUAGAACAGAUAAGUACAAUAUGAAAAUCACAGCCAUACAGGAAACUAGAUGGCUGGGUAAAGGAAUCAUGGACUUAAAGAAACACACUGUGUUACAGUGGUAAAGCAGAAGGCAAUAAGGAAUUUGGUGUAGCCUUUGUAAUAGAAUGAGAAUUUAAAAGCGCAAUAAUAGACUUUAAACCAAUAAGUGAAAGAAUUUGCACUUUGAGAAUUAGAACGAAAUUUUUCAAUAUGACGGUGAUGAAUGUGCACGCACAUACAGAAGAAAAAGAGGACAUCAAAGACUAUUUCUAUCAACAAAUUGAAGAGAGAUAUGAUUCAAUACCAAGUAAUGACAUAAAGGUUAUUUUAGGGGAUCUUAAUGCCAAAUUAGGUAAAGAGAAGGAACACAUAGAAGUAACUGGGUCAGAAAUUCACAUGAUACAACCAACCAUAAUGGAAUAAAAUUAAUAGAUUUUGCAGAAAGUAAUAACUUGAUCAUCAGCUCUACAUACUUCCCGCAUAAAGAUAUAUAUAAAAGGACAUGGGCAGCACCGGAUGGGGUAACCUUCAAUCAAAUAGAUCAUGUCCUCAUAGAGAAGUGAUUUGCGAUGAAAAUCCUGGACGUAAGAACAUUAAGAGGGGCCAACUGUGAUAGUGAUCAUCAUUAAGUACAGGUCAAAUAUAGAUGUAAAAUAAGCUGUCAAAGAUCUAAGCAGUAUGAGAAAUGUAAGAAAUUUAAUAUUGACAAGAUUACGGAGAGUGAUAAGAGAGAAGCAUUUCAAAAUAAAAUUAAAGAAAUUAAUGACAAUAGAGCAAAUAAAGAAAUAACGGUAGAAGAUAUAUGGGUAGAUUUCAAAACUGCAAUAAUUAUAGAAGCUGAGAAGACUCUGGGAUAUCAAGGGAAACAGGAUAAUAGGGAAUGGUUCAACGAGGAAUGUAGGGAGAGUAUAAACCUCAAGAAUAAGAAAUAUAUGGAAAGACCAACAAGAGCAAGGAAUGAGGCGUAUGAAGAAGGAAAGCAGACAAGAUUUGCAGGAAAAAGAAACAAGCCUUUCUAAAUGAGCAAUUACUGCA